GUCCCGGCGCGGCGCGGGGCGGAGCCGCCGCUCGCUCUCUCUGCGCCGGGGUUGCGGCUGCGGAGCGGGGCCCGGUUCGGCCCGUUGGGCUCCGGUUCCCCUUUCUCCCCCUCCAUGGCGCUGGUGCGGGCCGGCCCCCUCCCCGCCGAGGGCUCCCCGCCCUGGCUGCCCACGCACGUCCAGGUGACGGUGGUGCGGGCCCGGGGGCUGCGCUGCAAGGGAGGUGGGAAACCGGGCACCAGCGACGCUUACACCGUCAUCCAGCUGGGCCGCGAGAAGUACAGCACCUCGGUGGCCGAGAAGAGCGCGGGUGACCCGGAAUGGAGGGAGGAAUGCGCCUUCGAGCUGCCCCCCGAGCCCGGCGCCGCCCCGGGGCUGCUGCUCACCGUCAUGCACCGAGCCCUGGUGGGCAUGGACCGGUUCCUGGGGCAGGCGAGGGUGGCCCUGGAGCCCGCGCUGCAGCAGGGACGGGCGCCCCAGGAGCGAUGGUACCAGCUACACUCCAAGCCUGGGAAGAAGGAGAAGGAGCGUGGUGAGAUCCUGGUGAGCAUCCAGUUUACGCGCAACAGCCUUACAGCGAGCAUGUUCGACCUGUCCAUGAAGGACAAGCCACGGUCGCCUUUUGGAAAGCUGAAGGACAAGGUGAAGGGCAAGAAGAAAUACGACUUGGAGUCGGCCUCUGCCAUCAUCCCCAGCAGCAUGGGCGCCCUCGACAUGGAGGAUGACUACGACAUUGGGGGCAAGAAGUCCAAAGUCAAAGGCUUCUUCUUGAAGAACAAGCUACGCAAGUCAUCCCUGACGCAAUCCAACACCUCCCUGGGAUCUGACAGCACCAUCUCUUCUGCCAGCCUGGGCUUGGCUGCAAAUGUCCCCGAGGUAACCAAAUCCCCGAGCAGACACAGCAGUCUGUCCACGGAGCGCUCUGUAAAAGACUUCUUGCCGUCUCCAAAGCUGACCCACAAAAGAGCGUUCAGUGACGAUGUCUCCCAAGUCAGCCCUGUCCUGGAGCCCAAAGCAAUCCAAAACCUGAAGCCAAAGAACGAUCCCGUGUCUCGGUCUUCCCUCUGCAUCAACGGGAGCCACAUUUACAGUGACGAGCCUGCACCAAAGAGCCCCGUGUCUGUCCCUCCAAGCUCAGCACCGCUGUCCGUGACCGGCGUCCCCAGGCGGCAGGAGGAAAGCUUUGGCUUCACCCCCCUUCAUCCUGACUCCCACGAGGUGCCUUGGGGGGUCAGCAACUUUGAGAGGCCUCAGCAGCGAGAUGAGCCCAGGUUCAUCCCCUCUCCUCCCACCUUAGCCUUGCAAGAAGAGCUCAGGGUCUCCACGAAAGCCGUCACUCUCAGUAACCACCUGGGCAGAGCCAAGAUGGAAGAAAACAGUCGCUUAGAGAACAAACCGACUCAAGCUGCCGCACCCAUGGUCUUUUCCAUGGAUACGAAGAAGGACAAACAACCUGAGGAAACGAAGAAGGAAGAGAAGAAGGCCAAGGGCAGCCUCUACCACCAUGGGGGCAACAAGAGCGACGCGGGGAGCAAAGGCCAGGGGGAGAAAGCAGGAGCUUCGCAUGGCUCGUCCACCCACACGGCAGCAGGGGGAGAUGAGAGGAAUAAAAGCAGUGGCUGGUUUGGUUCAAAGGAGCCCAAAGAGUCCCCUCAGAAACCCAGUUUCCCGUCUGGGCCGCAUACUUCAACAGAGGUCGCUGGGAGCUUUUAUUCCUCUGAGGAUUGCAGUCCCUCUGCCUCCCUAAGACAUAAAGACCCGGAGAGGGAGUCUCCAGCCCAAAGCAUUUGUGUCCCAGUACCAGAAACUACUCCAUCAGAAGGAGAUCUUCCUCCUCCGGAUGAGAAACCCGCUGUCCCUCCUCCCCUUUUGGAGUGGGACGAUACCUUUGAUGCCUUUGCGACCAGCAGGCUUAAACCAGAACUGAAGAAGGAAAACUUCUUCGCUUCGGUGACGGCAGAGGGCAUGGCUUUCAUCGACGAUCCCGAUGCAGCCAGUCCAAUGGAAAGAGCAGCCGAGCCAGCGGCCGAGGAGGGAACAAAGGUGUUUGAAAAGGCCGAUUCGCAAAUGGGCAGCGAAAUUCCUGCAACUCUGCGGUCGUGGACAAAUUUCUCCGGUUUAGACGUGGGGGCGAAUUUGGUGAGCACGACCCAAGAAGCGACCGUGAUAGAGGAUGUGCUGAGCCCCGUGGCUGCAGGGUCGAUGGGAAGGAGAAGGAAAAGCAGCACGCCUACAGUUUGGACAGCUGCGUUUGCAUCAGGAAACGCAGGGGAAAAAGAGGCUUCGACACCACAAACUGCUGAAAACAGUGCUAGGGAGGAAGGAGAUGGGGAUGAGGAGGAAGCCUCUAGUGCAGGGACAAAUGGGUGGAUGACUAUAGCCACCGAAACUGCUCCUGACCUGUCAGAGAGUGCCCAAAGUGGGGCUGAGCAGGUGGGUCAGGAAAGGGUGUUCGGCUCCCAGCCAGCCUUCCUGAGCGAAAGUGCCUUUGAAGCCAAAAGCAGAUCUCGUGCUGCUGCUUGCGUGUUGCCCCGAAGCACCUUCACCCCCGAGCUCACCUCCGAAACCCUGCCAGGCAGCAACGUGGCUGCCGUGUCCCCGCGGGUGCUCGCGGAUGUGACAGCUCGACGGUUUCCUGUGGCGCUGGAGCCAGGGAUGGAGCCUCAGGGUGGCGAGGAGGAAGCGUUCGACAUCCGGACUUCAGUCUACCGGCUCCAGGCCAGCAUGCGGCUCGAGGCCAGUGAAAGCCGGGUAAAGCUCAGCUCCGACAUCUGUGAAAGGCACGUUGUCCUCUCUCCAUGGACAGGUACCCAAGAGAAGGAGGAGAUUGAGGCUGGCUCGACUGUGCCACCCCCCAAACCUCCAAGGUGGUUCGCAGUGGCGGGCAGCAGAGCGGAUGGCGAGGAGGAGGAGGAUGCUCGGCAGCCGCAACUGAGGCAGCAAGGAAGCGAGGAGAAAUGGGAAGACAGGGAGAGCCUGAAGGCAGAUGUGGAGCUGCCGAGGAGCCAUCUAAGCAGCGAGCCCUCGAUCCCAGCACAUCCCAGCCCAUCCGCACUGGGAGUGGACAUAGCUGAAGCUGGGAGCGAGUUCCCAAACUCCAAGGAUGCUGAAUGUGUGGCUGCUGUGGACUCAGCAGCCAAUUUGGAGACUAGAGUGAGCGAGUUGGCAAAAAGCAGCACCUCUUUGGGGGAAAACCGGUCAGGGAUGAACGAGACGGAUGUUGCUGAGCAGUUUGAUACUUGCCCGUCAAAGUUCUUUCUAGAUGAAUUAAGCCAGUCGGGAGCUAAGGAGAGCUGGAGUCAGCCAGGCUUAUCUCCUCUGAUAGGGGACACAGAUGUUGCUGAGUGGGAGAUGGCCUCCAAGCAGGAGCCAUUCCCCAAGGAGCUCAGUAUAUCAGGACUGAACCCACCUUCCAAGCUAGACCUGGGCCAGCCGGAAACCUUCUGGACAGCUCUGGAAGAGCAAGAGGCAGAGCGACCCCAAAGGUUAGCGCGUGGGGAGAGUCCAUCCCAGCCAGAGCCGGCGUGGGGUGGUGGUGAGGGGCAGCAGGGGCCGGUGGCCGACCUUGCUGGGCAAGUGGGAGGCCAGUGUGAGCCUUGCAGCCCCGUGGCAGAGGCCGGGGAGGCGGAGCAGGGCAGAUCCCCCGCCAGCGAGCCGGAGGGGCCGUGGCGCCGGCGCUCAGCAAACAGCAGGAUAGACUUCAAGAAGGCUGAUUUCUGGAAGCCAGAUAGAGCAGAGGAGAGGCACGAGCAGGACACUUCAACCCCGAGAAAUCCCUUUGCUCCAGCACUAAGCCCAAACGCCCCGAGCAAUCCCUUUGUGGAGAAGCCACCCGAGUCCCCCCCUGUUCAAGCUGUGCUGCCCGAAAAGCUUGGACAGGGCGGCUUCGGCUUCACCAGCCUCCACGAGGAAGCCCUUGGGCAAGGCUUCCAGCCCACUAACCUCCCCGAGGACCCGCUAGGCCAGCGUCCUUUCCUGCAUGACAGCCAGCCCUUGGCCUUCUCCACCCCUUUCCUCGUGGCUGCAACUAACCCUAAACAGUUUGAUUUCCCUUCCCCCGUCGCGUGCCCCGCGAGCAGCGGGGUCCCUGCCGCCGCCAGCCGCGCAGCCGCCCAGCCCUGCCCUUUGCCGCAGUCCGGUGACACACAAGCUUCAGCGCUCGUGGUUUUGCCCAGGGAGACACAGCCAGCUGAGAAGCCCCUUUUCCAGCAGACGACCAGUCCUCACCCAGUGAAACCCAUUAGCGCUGCGGUGCAAGAGGUCUCCAGCGAGAAGAAGCAGCAGCACAGGUCCAGCCUGACGACUGCUCUGAGCAAUGGCCUGGAGAAGCUGAAGACGGUCACCACGAGCAGCGUCCAGCCCGUGGCUCCGUCUUCUCAGUUGGAGAAGACAGACUCUAAGAAAUUAAAGGAUCCCACCAUCCUGGACCAGUCAGCCAAGUAUUAUCACUUGACCCAUGAUGAACUCAUCCAGCUCCUGCUGCAGAAGGAGAAAGAGCUGAGCAAGAAGGAGGAGCACAUCCAUGAACUGGAGAACUACAUUGACCAACUGCUGGUGCGCAUCAUGGAACAGUCUCCCACACUCCUCCAGAUCCCGCUGGGGGAAAGCAAGACCAAGUAACCUCUCCCCAGAGACCAGCAUCACUUGCCUAGAGCACUUCUCCAAUAAACACGCUGCAAACAUCCCUGCACUCCCCACCCUCCUCUUCCAAGAGGGCUCCAGUGGCUUCUGUUCGCAGAGUUUAGCAGGAAAGGUUAUCUGCUCCUUCCCAGCCCAAGCUUAUCCCAGCUCUGGCUCCAGGGAACUAUAGGGUGGUGGGCUGUCAUCUACCCUAUGGGGAGGAGCAGAGCCUUCUGCAGGAGGAAGAUGCCUCCUUAGAUUGCUGUCGUUGUGACCAAGCAGUAUCUUCUCAGGCUCUCAUCCUUCCACCGCUUUAAGUGGUCCGUGGACAUUUGAGAGUUGGAAACCAACCACCUUGCCCAUAUCUUCACCCUGCUCCUGCUCUUCUGCUCUUCCACAUCUUUUUUCUCUGAAGUGGUGUAACCCUGGCUGAUGGGAGGCUUUAAAGAAGUCGAUGACAUCGGGAAUGCUUAAGCUCAGGAAGGGUUUACCAGGACUUUCCUGUGUGCCGAGCCUGCUCGGCCGGGCAGCAAGGGGAAGGGGCUGCUCUUGGGUGCCUCUUGCCCUUCCUGCCCCAUCUGCCAAAUGAAGGGUCUCUAGCUGAAAAGCCAACUCUGAUUUGUUUGGGAGGUGCUACACAAAACACCGGCAUCAGAGGCCAUAAGGGACACAACCUGACGUCACCGCCAGACUGAGUGGUGUCGAUUCCUUCGCUGUGUGCCUGCGGAGUCUCAGCUGCCUCUGUGACUCCACUCAAAGCCGAACUUGCAGUACAAGAGAAGGACCAGGGAUGGUUUGUGCACAAUCAGAACCGCAGGAGAUCUCCUCACACACCACCCGACCCAUCACCGGGUCCUCCUGUGUGUAUUAAAUCACAGUGGAAUUUUCUACUCAGCGUUCCACUCGCCCUUUCCUGCGUCCGCAGGAAUUGCUUUCCACUGGCUGCUCCCCACCAUCGACUGUGUGUCGUCUUUCUCAAUGCAAUAGGAAAAUGCCAUCACGACCGAAGCUCGUGCGCAGAGAAGGAUGCCUGACCGCCCGGCCACCUCUAUGCAUGACUUCCCGCUAGGUCAGGCGUCCGUCACGCCCUCUGUCAACGCUAACAGCUCAGUAAUCGCCGCAGACCCCCUCCAAGCCAGUAUUAGUACCAAGCGCUGCUUGAAUUGUUUCGCAUCUACACGCCAGCAUCGGGGCCCACCCUUAAGGCGUCGAAGUCAUCUCUCUCAGGAGCUGAAUGCUUCUCGCUGCUGAACAUUGAGUGACCACCUAAAGGGCUCCAGUUUACCCAGUUUAACAACCACAGAUGAUGUUAGCUCGAGGCUGGGGAGCAAUGCUCCUGACCGCACUGGAGUACAGCGCAGCUUUUGGUUUGGAGAUGUUGUGGAAGGGUAUAGGAAGGAUGUUACUCCCUCUUUUCUCCUAGG